AAUGCUUCUGUACUGGGAAGUGCUUUAUUGGUAUGGGAAAUUGUAUGUGUGACUUUCUCACUUUUUUUAAGAAAAAAUUAAAGGUCAAAGUUUGGGUUUUAAUUCUCCUGAUAACAGUAUUAAAAAAGUAUGAAUAUUAGAAUGUCGUGACGAAUUGGUGCUUUUCUGAUUGCCAUAUAUUCCAUAAUAGAAAUAGCAAUAGUUUCUGCACGUACAGAUCAGCAAAUGGCCAGUUAGGGUUUUUGUUGUCAUUGCUGUUGUACAUGUAAUUCUCCUAUAUACAAUAUAAAAAACAUGCAGAAAAUUUAACGAUGUAUUUGAGCAUAUUUAAAUUAGGAAAAUACCAGGCAAGAUGUUUCUUUUUGUAAACUGCUUCUGUCCAAAGCAUUCUGUAUAUUAUCAGAAUGAAAAAUGACAGCACUUUGUCAUCUGUUCAAAUUGAUAUUGCACUCUAUGCAAUGACAGCUGAAAAGGCCCACAGGUGCCAUAUAAAGAGGUGACCAUGUUGUCAUAUUUCAUUUCGGCAUCCCUCUGCAAAGCCAUAAUUACCUAAUUAGGUUGUUAAUUAGGAGAUUAGCAUUUCACUAUAUUGAUAGAAUGCUCUUUACCGGCGUGGGGCUAGAUACAGAUUUGUCUGCCCUAAUUUAUAAUCUCUGCCGUUUUUGUACUUAUUUAUUUGCUUAAGUUCCUGAUGUGGGGCAAUUCGGUUUACCUGAGAAACAGUUUGUUUAUAAGCUAAUGAAGCUAUGAUCACUGGAUUAAAGUUGCUGAGUUAAAAUGUGAACCAAAUUAAAAGGAUGGUUACAUCCCCAAAAUGAUAAUAAAUAUUCUGAGUUGGUAGAACCUGUAUUCUCAUUAGCAUAGGCAACAAAUACAUGAUAAGAUAUAAAACUGUUAGUAUGAAAAAAAAAUCCGAAAUAUAAAAACUAAGUCUGAAAUGUGAUAGAUAUUUAAUAUAUCCUAAACUAGGUGAAGGAAAUUAUUUAGUUAUCUUGAAUAACAAAUGUCUGUCAUUUAUACUGGAGACUUAUAAAAUAUGUUAAGUAUUUUGAACAUGUUUCAGAAACUGAAGCUUGGUAAAUAACUUUGGAACAAAUACAUUCAGUCUUCAGUUUAGACUUCUUUAGAUAGUCAUCAUGCAUCAGGGUUUAUUUCAUUUGUACCUUCUGUCCAUUAGUCUGUGCUUGGAACAUUCUCUUCUCACGGCCUUUGCAGUCCUGAGUGCUUAUGGAAUUUGAAGUAUUUCAUAGCACCCUUCACUUGGUGAACUAUUUGGAGGAGGUGAGCACGUGAAACAAUAUGAAGAGGAGAAAAUAGCCUUUUAAGGAGAUUGGCCCACAGAAAGGAUGGCCUUCUUGGACAAUCCAACUAUCAUUCUAGCUCAUAUUCGACAGUCACAUGUGACCAGUGAUGACACAGGAAUGUGUGAGAUGGUUCUCAUUGAUCAUGAUGUUGACCUAGAGAAGAUUCAUCCUCCUUCAAUGCCUGGAGACAGUGGGUCAGAAAUUCAGGGAAGCAAUGGUGAGACUCAGGGCUAUGUAUAUGCCCAGUCAGUCGAUAUUACCUCAAGUUGGGACUUUGGUAUUAGAAGACGCUCAAAUACAGCUCAAAGAUUAGAACGACUCCGAAAAGAGAGACAAAACCAGAUCAAAUGCAAAAAUAUUCAGUGGAAAGAAAGAAAUUCUAAGCAAUCAGCCCAGGAGUUAAAGUCACUAUUUGAAAAAAAGUCCCUCAAAGAGAAACCUCCAAGUUCUGGAAAGCAGUCAAUAUUAUCUGUACGACUGGAGCAGUGCCCUCUACAGCUGAAUAACCCCUUUAAUGAGUAUUCCAAAUUUGAUGGCAAGGGUCAUGUCGGCACAACAGCAACCAAGAAGAUCGACGUCUACCUCCCCCUGCACUCGAGCCAGGACAGACUUCUGCCAAUGACUGUGGUGACAAUGGCCAGCGCCAGGGUGCAGGACCUGAUCGGGCUCAUCUGCUGGCAGUACACAAGUGAAGGACGGGAGCCGAAGCUCAAUGACAAUGUCAGUGCCUACUGCCUGCAUAUCGCUGAGGAUGAUGGGGAGGUUGACACAGACUUCCCCCCACUGGAUUCCAACGAGCCCAUUCAUAAGUUCGGCUUCAGUACUUUGGCCCUGGUUGAAAAGUAUUCAUCUCCUGGUCUGACAUCCAAAGAGUCACUCUUUGUGCGGAUAAAUGCUGCUCAUGGAUUCUCCCUUAUUCAGGUGGACAACACAAAGGUCACCAUGAAAGAAAUCUUGCUUAAGGCAGUGAAACGAAGAAAAGGAUCCCAGAAAGUUUCAGCCAGUGCCCAAAACAGCACCGAUCCACGCCAGCCCCGUCCAUCCCCAGGAAACCCAACCAACCCCAACCCAGAGAUGGAGCUGUCUUGUGAUUAUCGAAGCAGUGGGGACACAUGGAGUCAGUUGGAGGUGGACCUCCCAGUCUGCUUUGGAGGAGGAGGCCCUCAGUACCGCCUGGAGAAGCAGAGUGAGCCCAAUGUCGCCGUGGACCUGGAAAGCACUUUGGAGAGCCAGAGCGCAUGGGAGUUCUGCCUGGUCCGCGAGAACAGUUCAAGGGCAGACGGGGUUUUUGAGGAGGAUUCACAAAUUGACAUAGCUACAGUACAGGAUAUGCUGAGCAGUCACCAUUACAAGUCAUUCAAAGUCAGCAUGAUCCACAGACUGCGAUUCACCACCGAUGUCCAGUUAGGUAUCUCUGGAGACAAAGUAGAGAUAGACCCUGUUACGAAUCAGAAAGCCAGCACUAAGUUUUGGAUUAAGCAGAAACCCAUCUCAAUCGAUUCUGACCUGCUCUGUGCCUGUGACCUUGCUGAAGAAAAAAGCCCCAGUCAUGCAAUAUUUAAACUCACGUAUCUAAGCAAUCAUGACUAUAAACACCUCUACUUUGAAUCUGACGCUGCUACCGUCAACGAAAUCGUACUCAAGGUGAACUACAUCCUGGAAUCACGAGCAAGCACUGCCCGGGCUGACUAUUUUGCUCAAAAACAAAGAAAACUGAACAGACGUACAAGCUUCAGCUUCCAGAAGGAGAAGAAAUCAGGGCAGCAAUGACACCGGCCUCCAACCCCAAUCUGUCGCCGUAGCUCAGAGCCUGCCUGCCGGGGCCAGGUGGCCCUAGAGCCCACCCCGUGUCCCGCAGUCCUCAGGGGCAGGCCAGCCCCUGGCUCACGGCCACAAGGCUGGGGGGCUCUUGGGGAACGGAGCCGGGGACAUCUCCACGGGACCGAAGCCUGAGCGGCAGUGGCUUUGAUGAGCAGUGCCAGGGGCCAGAACACAGACACCCCGCCCAGCCGUCUUCACUGCCCGACGGCCCUGCUGAGGAUGUACAUAGCCAUGCCCAGACAUUUCCUUGCAACUUGAUCAAAUUUCUUAAAACAAACGAAGAACAAAAAUGUACAUUUCUUUUUUUUUUUUUUCCUUUUAAUAAACAGGUGUACUCUUUACCACGGUUGGUAUGACGGGCCAUUCUUUGGGGCAGAGGAUUGAUCAUGUCAUUCUCUUUAAAAUCUGUUCCCAUAUUGAACAAGCAGAUUGGAAAAGCUAUGGCUCGAUUUCUCAGAAGAAAUGUUUAGGGCUUAGUCAAUAGUUUUAACUACACCAUUUGUUUAAAUGAGUGCAUUGCUUUGAGGAUAGUAUCUUACUAAAGUUAGGAAGGGGAGCCGGCGAUGUGUGUCCCAGGCUGUGCCCCUUCAGGCGUCACCUCUCGCCCGCUCAUCCCAGAACCUCUUGGUUUUAGAGACGCGGCACUGCGUGCAGUUUAUUCCCGGGGCGCCGGGAGAAUGGGGUGACGGCUGGUCUUCGGGUCACGCUGAGCUCCCGGCACAAGCGGGCCUUUCCAUUUCUUAAAUAGCAAGUGUCCGUUUCAGCUAGCAAUUAGACCUGCAUGUGGACUUCUCCUGGAAUUGGGAGAGUCUCUGCUCUACUGACUCAGAAGGGCCCCCGCUCUCCUUCCUCCUGUCCACACAGUGCCUGCCUUCUUGUCUGAGCAGGCGGGAUGCUGCUUUGUCUCACUCUGUCAGGGCGCGGUGAGCAGAGAUGGCAGGGCAGAGGGACGCCUGCUCCCCCGGGUCCGACUGCGCAGGUGGGGGGCGGGCAAGGAUCGAGCAUCGCUGACACCACACCUCUGGCCACACCAGAUGCCUCUGCGGUCCUCACCAGCCACUCCAGGGUCCCUCCCAGGGUGACGUCCUUUCGCACGGUCCCCGGCCAGGGUCGAGGACCGGAUGUUUCACUGAGGACCCGCGUUUCAAACAGUUUUUUAAAUUGUUGUACAGGAAGAGAUGUGACGAAAACAGCAUCUCGAAGUCGAGUGUGUUUCUUUGCACUGGGGGCAUUUUAAUGAAUUCCUCUUUCAUUCUGAUCUUUGUUCAGCCAACAGAAGCAUCCUUUUCUAACGUCUUCCAUUCCUACCCACCCCAGAAACAAAAGAAAUAUUAUUUGUAGCUUGCUAUCUGUAUUUGGAUUUUUAGCAAUUUUAUAUUUAGAUACCUUUGAAAAAUGUAAAUGACUAAUUUGGUCAUUAAAUCUUGUGACAUAUUCAAUAUUAAAACGAUAUUAAAAUAAAAGUCAUAUAAAUACCA